AUGAUUGCUAAGACGUUUUUCUUGGUCCUUUUAACCACUGCAGUAUUGUGCAACCCACAUGGCGAUAGACCAAAGUUGACUGGUAACACAAACAUAGAUGUCAAUGCUGAUGGAGGAUCCAGUGUCAAUGCUGUCGGUAAAGUUAGGUCAACCGUUGCAAUUAACGCCAAUACGCAUGCAAACAUUGAUGUCGACGCAAGAGACCAUUCUAAUGUCGCAGCCAACGCUAAUACAGAUUCAAACACCAAGAUAGAAGCUAAUAGAAAAUCAUCGGUUAAUUCUAAUGCUCAAGGUGCAGCUAACGUGGAUAUCUUAAGUAACAAUUGGUCAAGUGUAGAUGCUAACGCUGAUACUCUAUCGAACGCCAAACUUACGGCAAACAGAAAAUCGACAAUUGACGCCAAUUCCAAGGGUGGUGCCAAUCUAGAUGUUUUGAGUAACAACUGGUCCAAUGUGAAUGCUAACGCUGAUACUCUAUCGAACGCCAAACUCACUGCCAACAGAAAAUCGACAAUUGAUGCCAAUUCCAAGGGUGGUGCCAAUCUAGAUGUUUUGAGUAACAACUGGUCCAAUGUGAACGCUAACGCUGACACCAAAGCCAAUGCCAAACUCGAUGCCAACUGGGUCUCAAAGAUCGAUGCCAAUGCCAAGGGUGGCAGUAACCUCGACGUAGUAAGCAAGGAUUGGUCUAAAGUGGCGGCAAACACGGAUACCGGUGCUAAUGCGAAAGUCGAUGCAGUCUGGGCCUCAAAAGUCGAUGCCAAUGCCAAGGGUGGCAGUAACCUCGAUGUAGUAAGCAAGGAUUGGUCAAAGGUUGCAGCCAAUACAGACCAACAUGCUAAUGCGAAAGUCGAUGCAGUCUGGGCCUCAAAAGUCGAUGCCAAUGCCAAGGGUGGAAGUAAACUCGACGUAGUAAGCAAGGAUUGGUCUAAAGUGGCGGCAAACACGGAUACCGGUGCUAAUGCGAAAGUCGAUGCAGUCUGGGCCUCAAAAGUCGAUGCCAAUGCCAAGGGUGGAAGUAAACUCGACGUAGUAAGCAAGGAUUGGUCUAAAGUGGCGGCAAACACGGAUACCGGUGCUAGUGCAAAUAUUGACGCAAAUUGGAAAACGCAAGUUGAUGCCAAUGCAAAGACAGGUGCAAGUCUCGAUGUUCAAGGAGCUGAUGGUGCUACUGUAGCCGCAAAUGUUGGCAGCCGUUCUCGCUCUGAAGUAGAUGCUAAGAUCAAUAGUCAAGUUGGAUUAAAUGCCAAUAGAAGGAGUAAUGUUAAAAUUGAAGCCAUUGCGUAA